AUGGAAGAGAGCUUGGCUGAGGCGGGGUUCUCACGCCGGGGGCGGAGCUUUGGGCUGAAGGGCGUGGCCGGCCCGAAGGUGGCGUCGCUGUCCGGGAGUCGCCGGGUCCGCCGGCUGCCCUCGCUGGGCCGCGUCGCGGUGGUGGUGGACCAGGGCUCGGGCUUCACCAAGGCGGACUUCGCGGGCGAGGAGCAGCCGCGCCUGGUACUGAAGAGCUCCAGCCUGAUGCCCAGCUGGGACCGGCCCGUGCUGCCCGGGGCGCCCGGCUGCGAGCUGGCGGGCGGCGUGGUGCGGGCUCACCCCAUCAAGCACGGCGUGGUGGUGGACUGGGAGGCGCUGGAGGGGCUGUGGGAGCGCCUGCUGGUUGGCGGCCUGCGGGUGUGCCCAGAGCAGUGGCCGGUGCUGGUGAGCAAUUCGCCGUCGGCUCCGCCCGCGGGCCGCGAAAGGGUGGCCCAAAUGCUGUUCGAGGCCCUGGCAGUGCCCGCGUGCCACAUGGCCAGCACCGCGUUGCUGGCGCUCUGCUCUGUCGGCGCGUUCAGCGGGCUGGCCUUGGAGGCGGGCGCGGCUGUGUGCCACGCCACACGCAUCUAUGCGGGCCACUCGUGGCACGAGGCCACCUUCCGGCUGGACGUGGCAGGCAGUACUCUGUCACGCUACCUGCGGGACCUGCUGGUGGCAGCCUGCCCCGAUCAACGACUGCAUGCCCUGCCCCGCAAGGUCAUCACACAGCUCAAGAAGCGCUGCUGCUAUGUGUCGCUGGACUUCGAGGGUGACCUCCGUAACCCUGCCCGCCACCAUCCUGUCAGUUUCUACUUAGGCAAUGGGUGCUCUGUCUGCCUCAGCAGCGAGCGCUUCCGCUGCCCGGAACCUAUCUUCCAGCCGGGUCUGCUAGGCCACGCGGGACUGCCCACCCUGGCCUUCCAGGCACUGCAGAGGAUGCCCGCAACACUACGGACACGGCUGGCCAACACCGUGGUGCUGGCCGGUGGCUCCACGCUUUUCCCUGGCUUCACUGAGCGCCUGGAGAUGUAGCUGGAAGCUCAGUGCUGGUGGCAUGGUUAUGGGGCACUGCAGCCUCGCCUGGUGGCCAAGCCCGGGCGUGGCACAGCAGUGUGGACAGGUGGCUCCAUGAUGGCCUCACUGCAUUCCUUCCAAUGCUACUGGAUGACCUGGGCCAUGUACCAGGAAUGUGGCUCCAGGCUGGUGCAUGAAGUGUUCAACUGA